GGAGUGGAAGGCAGCUUGCUGUCCGGGGAACCUGCAAAAGAAGAUCACUGUUGUGCUUCUUAUCAAGCGGCAGUUCCAAUCGACACCCCUUUCGUUGACUCUUCAUUCGCUUCCACCGGCGUUGAGUGCAUUUAUAAUCGCGUUUUUCGACGCUUUGCACGAGACUUGAGAGUUGAGCGUACAACACCGAAUGAGCUAGCGCAGCUGGCAACUGUCUUCGCGCAUCCGCCGGAUGUUGCAGCAUCCGUUCUGCCUCGGAUCAUGCACCGCUUUGUGACACUAGGUGGCCAGUUAGGGAAUGAUAAAGCCCGC